CCUCUUCCAGUAAACGUGAUUAACUAGGGGGGAGGAGGAGGGGAGCUCCAUAUGGCAAUCUGGGGAAGGCAGACGAAUCAGCGAAUUGCUUUGCAUGUGGUACAGUACAUCCCGGUCACAAGCUCCAGUUAUCAGCUCCAACACGUUAGAAAAUUGUUCAGUUGGAUGCAGGGAAGCUGAGAGCACAGAGGCAGAGGAAAAACCAGCAGGAUCUUAGAGACAAAUUCUACCAGCUGCUGUCUGAAGAAGUUGUCUUGGAAACCAAAAGCAAGACUCCAUAGAGCACAUUGUUCUUAGUGGUCUCACCCAAACAAAUCAAUGAAAGAAGCCAUGCCUGUCCUGUCAGCCAGCACAGGACUGCAUGAAACUCUGGCGCUGUUGACAUCACAGCUCCGGCCAGAUGCAAACCAUAAGGAAGAUCUAGGCUUCCUCAAAGAUGUCUUCAGUGAGAAGAGCUUGACUUAUCUCAUGAAAAUUCACGAGAAGCUCCAGCAGUAUGAAAGUCAGAGCCCCACCCCUAUCCUCCAUACCGCACACUCCCUAGCGGAGGAUGUGGCUGAAGAACUUCAGAGUAGGCCUAUGGGUAAUGAUGAGAAGGAACUGUUUCAGCUGUUAACUGCUCCACACCUCAAGGCUGUUCUCACAGUCCAUGACACAGUCGCUCAGAAGAAUUUUGACCCGGUCCUCCCUCCUCUCCCAGAGGACUUUGAGGAUGAGCUGGAGGAGGAGUCUGUGAAGAUUGUCCGUCUCGUCAAGAACAAGGAGCCUCUGGGAGCCACAAUAAGGAGGGAUGAGGCCACAGGCGCAGUCAUUGUUGCGAGGAUCAUGCGGGGUGGAGCAGCUGAUCGCAGUGGUCUGGUUCAUGUUGGAGAUGAAUUCAGAGAAGUCAAUGGAAUUCUAAUCGUCCACAAGAGGCCAGAUGAAAUCAGUCAGAUCUUGUCUCAGUCUCAGGGCUCAAUAACAUUGAAAAUAAUCCCAGCAAUAAAAGAGGAGGACCGCCUGAAGGAGAGCAAGGUGCACAUGCGUGCUUUGUUUGAUUACAUCCCUGCGGAGGACAAAGCCACUCCCUGCCAGGAGGCUGGCCUGCCCUUCAAGAAGGGUGACAUCCUGCAGGUAGUCAGUCAGGAUGACCCCACCUGGUGGCAGGCCAAGAGAGUUGGGGACAGCAACCUACGAGCUGGGCUCAUCCCUUCAAAGCAGUUCCAGGAAAGGCGUUUUAUUUACAGAAUAAAAAUGGGCACUCUGCCAAACCCCAAAUCUCCAAAACACACACUUUAUGACCAAGCUUGUGACAAAGAAGACUGUGACUGUGAGAGCUAUUUCAAUGGACAGUAUAUAGCUGGUCUGCGCAGAAGUUUUCGUCUGAGCAGAAAGGAGCGACAGAACACUCAAAACGAUGCCAAGCAGGCAGAGCCAAGCGAACCAGAGUUGCUGACCUAUGAAGAGGUCACAAGGUACCAGCAGCGGCCGAACGAACGUCCCCGGCUUGUCCUCCUGAUUGGUUCUUUGGGAGCAAGGAUCAAUGAACUGAAACAGAAGGUGAUUGCUGAGAACCCGCAACACUACGGUGUAGCAGUGCCACAUACAACAAGAUCCAAAAAAAAUCACGAGAAAGAGGGGGUAGAAUAUCACUUUGUCUCCAAGCAGACGUUUGAAGCUGACACUCAAAAUAACAAAUUCGUCGAGUAUGGAGACUACAAAGAAAACCAGUAUGGGAUGAGCCUACAGGCUAUACGAUCAGUUCUCAGCAAAAACAAGACAUGUUUGGUGGAUGUGCAGCCUGAGGCAAUAAAAAGCUUGCGAACAGCAGAAUUCAAGCCCUAUGUGAUAUUUGUGAAGCCUCGAGUACCAGAGGGCCAUCGCAGACGUAGUGCGGCCACUCCCCCCGGUAUGGGAGAGCACGGCCGAUCAGUGGAUGAAGAGUACCAGGAAAUGCGUCAGUCGGCAGCUCUUAUUGAGAAGCAGUACGGUCACCUUGUGGAUAAAGUGCUGGUGAAAGACAACUCCCAGAGCGCCUGCACUGAAUUGAAGAACAUCUUGGAGAGACUGGAGAGAGAGCCCUUCUGGGUCCCGUGCAGCUGGGUCAGGACCUAGUCAACACACUCGUUUUGUAUAGAAGUCAAUUAGGUGUUUUUCAUUUUAAACCUCUGGAAGCAGAACAGUACACAUGUUUUACAGAAUAUACAGUGCCAGUCCAAAUAAAAAUCCAGUGCCAGUCCUAAUACUGUGGCAGAAACUAUAUUGAAGUUGGUGUAAACUUACAGACAAACAGGGCAGCCUGCCUGCUAUGCAUUCAUGAUCCUGGAUCAACAGCUGAAACCACGUUUGACUGUUCAAAGACGCCUGUGAUCUUGGCUCAGUUUAUGUUUAACUGGAGGGUUUGAAGAAUAAAUUAAUUCAAAUUUCUUUUUUGUUUUACUGUUCUUGCCUUUUUUUGAAGUUUGCAAUAAUUCUUAGUGGUUCUUGUCAGUUAAAAUGUUUUUUUCUAGGAGUUCAGGAGCUGCUCUUCAGUUGUAGUAGCCUGUAGUAGACGUAUGUAUUGUUGGUUAGAUCAGCCAAAAUUUGUAUGUGUAAGCGCCAGCACCAUCUAAUGCACAGCAGUGUAAAGAUCAUUUGAUGACGCAGGUUACUUCUGCACUGAGGCAAAAGCACACAGACUUAAAAUUAAAAAAUCACAGUAUUUAAGUUAUCUCAGUGUAAGCCACUCUGAAUUAUUGCAAACAUCAUAAAAAAGGUAAGGGGACAGUAAAAGGAAAUGAAAUUGUAAGCUAGUGAUCUAUUUUUCAAACAAAUACAAAUUAGUAUUACAUCUGUCGUGUUCCACAAUCAUGUUUACUUAAAUAUUAUCUGUUUACAUUUUUAAUAUUUAAUAUAAUUUUACAACACCUAUUAAGCUAAUAUUUGCCAUAUAGGCUUGUGAGGUACUGAAGCACCCUUCAUUAAUCUGUCCAUAUGUUUCAAGGUGUACAGUACCUUAAAGUCUUUAUUCAAUUUUAGUUUGUCGCAUAUAUGCACUAUAUUAGCUCUAGGCUAUGGAUGAGCUGAGUUUCUGCUCAAAUAUUUAAUUUUAAUUUGGACUCUGAACAGUAACUUGUAAUGGGAUUUAGCUGGGGAAACAAGUGACCAGGUGUAACCGCAUCUCCUGCACUUCUUUCCACUUUGUAGCUUUAUAAUAAAAAAUAGUAAUGAAUAAAUGUGAAUUAAACUGCCUCAGAAUGCUGCUGCAUUGAGCUGUUCAAUCUAGUCACUCCAUCCUCCCAGUCACUCAGUCCCCUGCAGGCCUCACACGCUGGUGACAAUUACAUGUGGCGUCUAUGUACUGGUUUAGGCAAUGCGAUUAAUAUUAGUUAGUUUUACUGAAACCGAACCAAAUUCAACAAUACCGGUAGAUAUAUAUGAUUAUUUGUAUUAAGAAAUAGUUAUAAAUCUGAAUUUUAAAAUUCAGGUUCACGCUCAGUCAUAUUCUAGAACCGCUAGUUAUUGUAGCUGAUGUGUGCUACUAAAUAAUAAUAAAGGCACAGGACAAUGGAUCCAAGUGCAGUUAUAAUUCAUAACUCCAUAAUUCAGAUCGUCCAAACUAUGUGACUUCACAUCAGAAGAUCUGAUGAAAAUGUGAACAAUGCAGAAUUUUUACAGUUCAAUGGACAAAAGACACCCAAGGAACACAAGUAAUGGAACUUUGUGUUACUGUUCAAUUCAUGCAUUUCUUUACCUGAAAGACUUGAAUAGUUUACACUGCAGUUUGGUUUAUAGAGCACUUAAAAUAGUGUCUAAGUUUGUUCCCUCACUCAUGACUAAAGCAAAGGAGGAAGCACUUUCUUGAUAAGAAUGUAUAUCACAACAUAUUAAAUGACAGACAUGGCUUAUUCCCCCAGGAGAUCAGAUUCAGUUUGUAUGGUUAUCAAAGAUUGGACAUGAUUUCAGUGUGUGUUGAUUGUGCAUUAUUUAGGUAGUCUGGAUUGAGUAAAAAUGGUUUAAUCAAGUGAUAUGGUCUGUAAGAUGACAGCAUGUCACAAGUACCUUUUAUAUGAAUUAGAAUUGUAGUGGGUUCUCAUUACAGGCCAUUUAAAAAAAUUAAUAAAUACAGGUGGUCCAUAAAGUUCAUACCACUGGCUAUAUAUUUUCAAAAUUACAAUGAUUGUAAUCUACCCAUACCAGGUUAUAUUAGAAGGGCACAAUGGUGAGAUUUCUCCGGUUUGACUCGAGUUUCCAGUAUCUUAUAGUUUUAGGUUUGAAUCCACAGAUAUAUAUAAAUGGGCCAUAUCGAAAAAUAUUUAC